AUGCGCAUAAGGCUACCCUUCGCAGGAGCAUUCCUCUUCCUCACAGCAACAGCAGCCUACGCCGGCCUCUCCUCACUCCAAGUCGACUCGCUCAUCAACGACAAAGUCCUUCACUUCCUCACCUUCUUCCUGCUCACAACCUGCUUCUACUGGAUCCUUGACACCUCGCGGCGCCGCUCCCUAAACAUCACGCUCGUAACCUGUACGGGCGUCCUCGCCAUCGGUUCGGAGUUCCUGCAGGGCUUCAUACCUAAUGGCCGGGUUUUUGAUUUCUACGAUAUCGUGGCGAAUGUAGUGGGCUCGCUCGGGGCGCUAGCGCUGAGUUCCUGGUAUCAUCAGCGAAUGCUGGAGCGGAAGAAGAGGAACAAGCAGAGUUAUCAGGCUGUGGGUGGGGAGGAUGAGGAGGAUUUAGAGCUUGGAGAGGGCGUCGGGGCGCAGGAGUCCGGGGAAGUUGGAGUCGUGCCGCAGAGUCUUGAUGAGGCGGUUGAUAAUUGGGAUGAGAAUGGAGAGGAUGACUGGGAUGCUGAUGAGCAUACGGAUGAAGGUGAGGGGCCUAAGACGCCGAGUGCUAGUAGUGGUGGGGAGGAGGCCGAUACCAAGAAGAGGGCGGAUUAG